AUGGCCGCCAACCCAGCCAACAUCAACAACCAUCUGGUGACCCAUACAUGGUCGAGUCCACCGGAGAGACCCGAAGCGAUCCAGGUGUUGAUCUUGGGCGUCGAACGAUACGACCCGACUCAAGUCCAGGUGCUCGAAGACUACCUGACCCAACAAUGCAACCAAGCCUUCUACGACCCCUUGGCCAACUUUGCCACCUUGAAACUGUAUCAAUUCAACCCCGAUUUGGUCCCCUUGGCCGCUGAGAAUCCUAGCAAUCCUAUCGAGGCUAUCCAUGACUCGAUCACUAUUAAGAUCCUCCUCUUGAGUAUCGUCCAUCGACCAUUCGAUAGUGACUUCAACUUAUGCUUAAGUCUAUGUGGGGAUCGAAUGUCGAGUUUGCUGACGCCCCAGGCGACGUUGAACCUGAUCGAACUGCUUUCGAAGUUAUCGCGGACGCUUCAGACGCGACAGUUUAUCAAGUUCUGGGCGGAUCUUGGGUCGGCAGAGUACGAGCCCUUGGGGGCGGUAGUGGGGAGCAUUGGGCAGUUUGCGGAUCUGGUCCGCCGGUCGAUCGGCCGGAGCGUGGCCAGCUGCUUCCGGUCCAUUGACCGCACCAGGCUCGCCGCUUAUCUCAACCUCACCGACCCCGCCCUCCUCCAGAAAUGGAUCGAGACGCAGGCUUGGUCGCUCGACGCUGAUAAGGUCAUCAUCCCCAAUAACUCCGACAACUGUCCCGUCACCCUUGUCAUCAGAGAAAACACCACAAUCGAUGAUUUGCAACAAUUCAUCACCAAAUCCGUCGUCUGUUGA